UUAGCCUCAAAUGAACAUUUCAGAUCCUAAUUUCUCUUUCUAUCGCUCAUGCUCUUCUCCCGUUUCUUCACCGACUCCAUUGACCUCUUCCCAGAUUCCAACGAGCACCUCCCUCCGCCCUCCGCCUCCGACGCCCACCUUUACCUUCGUCAACGACCGCCACAGUCUAGGAUUCAUUGUUGUUGACAAUCAAAGAUCCACGAUCAUCUCGACUCCAUUGAAGAUGCGAUCUCUUCUUCCUCAUCCAUACAUCUGUAGAAGACCACUAACCUACCGAUUCAGAAAAUAAAUCAAAGUCCACAUCACCGCUGUCUGUUCUCUCGUCUCCGGUCGAUUUGGAAUCAACAUCUCCUACGCCUCGACGAUUCAUAUAGGGAUCGCAGAUGCAUAAAAAUCGAUUCAUCCGUGGAUCGCCUCCUCGCUCACGACAAAUCCAUGAACCAAUAAUCGACUCCAUUCCACAGAUCAACAAAUCUAAUCGAUGUCUGAAGAAUCAUUCGGAUCCAUGUACAAGGCCCCCACUACGAGAGAUGCGUAAACAUGCUGUCGAAAGAAGCCAAUGCCAAUUGGUUGAUCUUACCCUUGUGGAUUUUGCUAAUCAUGAGCUUCUUUUGUAUAUUGCUGAUAGGGAAAAUUGGAGGAUGCAGAGAGGUUGUUUGUGGGUGCAUUGCAAGAAGCUAAAGAAGGUUUUGGGGAAAGGGAUCCUCAUGUUGCUUCUGCAUGUAACAACCUGGUUUAUAUACUGCUGUUAUGGGUAAAGAAAUGUAAAAAACAUUGAUAUUAUGGACAAAAGAUAAAGUACAUAGCCUAUAUGAUUGCAGGCUGAGUUGUAUAGAGUUAAAAAGGCAUUUGAUAAAGCUGAACCAUUGUACUUGAAUGCCAUUAGUAUUCUUGAGGUUGCUACUUUAAACAAUUAGCGACAUGGCAUGCAAGUGAAUCUACUUCUCAAACGCAAGGGACAUAUAAAAGCCUUUCCAAUCCAAAAUUCUACCACUUUUAUCCUUGUGUUCAACCAGUAAAUAAUAAUUCACAAUCUACAUAUACAUUUUCUUAACAACAACCUGAACAUGACUAUUUGGAAGAAUUUGUAGAAAAUAUUGAAGAUGUGAAAAAAUAGAAAAUAUUCACAUAUUUUGAAGAAUUUAUGGAAAAUAUUGAAGAAGUGAAAAGUGAUAAAUUGAAGAAAAUAUGGAAAUUUUGACACGAAGAAGUUAAAACUCUUUGAAAUUUUGUAGCAUUUUUUGUUUUUUAUAUUUUAUUUUGUAGCAAACAAAAUACUUGUACUAUUGUGUUUAUAGAUUUGUAAAUAAAAAUGAGUUUUUUUUAUGAUUUACUUA